CUCAAGUCCGAGAUUUUAGCUGCUUUCCCUCAUACACCUAAGUCUGCUCAGGAUUCGUCUCCAACAGCGCAGGCCUCGCCAGGCAGGGAAGGUUCCUCGCCAGUUAAUUCAGAUGUAAACCUAGCCCAGGCACCAGAGAGACCUCGAGGGGUCCCCGGCCCAAAGCCUGGGUCUAAGCGAGGAAGACAGCCAGGUGCAUUACUCGGGAAGCCCGGGCGAAAGAAGACAAAGCUUGAUCCCAACGCCUCCCCAGCGUCUUCGAUGAAUGGCAUAUCUCAUCAUGCCAACCAUGGAAAGUUAGGACCUAAGGCCAACCAAGGCGCAAUCAACGCGCAGUUACGUGCUCUUGAUAGGACCGGAAAGCCUUGCAAGCGUUGGUCCAAGGCUACCUUCAGUUUAAAGUCAUUCACCGGCGUCCAAUGGACUAUCCCGACCUGGGGUGCUCCUAUAUCCGACCAAUCGGCCCCUCCUACCCCACUAGCGGGAAGUCAGAUGGAGGAAGUUUCGGCUGCGCCUUCGGUCACCUCAGAAACACCAGAGAUCAGGGUCCAUGCCGACGUAGAUGCGAUGAACGUCGACAGCGAAUUCCCUGCUCAACCGUUCGUACCGAAUCAGCAGUCGCUAAUGGUAUAAUCUCGAAAGAGACAAACAACGACGAACAGACAUUUCUUGGGCAAUAGUAUGCACCCUCCUUGUUGAUUAACCUCACAUCUCUCGAUUUACCAACCCCUACUGCUAGACCAUCUGUCGCCCACAAUUUGCAUUCCCGUGCACACCUGACUACGUUUUGCGCCUGUAUCAACAAUAGUUCACACAUCGGCCUUCUUAGCUUUGUUCCUUGAAGCGCCUUUUUCCGUCAAAAACAACUAGACAGUCCAUCGCCUUAACCUCUCUUUCUGGCCUUACCUGUCUUAUCUACUUCACUGGCUACUUAAAAAUUUGGGCUCAAACUGGCGUUAUUCAAUAUUUGUUGUAUCAUUAUCUACUCGAGUAUCAUCACUCACAAAACCUCUGCUCUUUUAUUUUAUUACUUGUUCGCCUUUAGCCAAUAACUUGCUCGGUUGAUGUACUUACCUGUUAUUACUUAUCUAUCUACCAAAUAACUUCACUACCCCUUUCUUUAUCGUCCCUUUCCUCUUCCUUUUCUUGCCUUCUCCUUUCCUCUCUUUGCUGGUAAAUAAAGAGAUGAGAUUUUGUCUUGGCGUUAGUAUCUUUCUUUCUUCUUUUCUACCUUUUCAUACUUGACUGCCAGAAAUAACCGCAGCGAGCUACAGCCUUGAUGGGUUUCCUUUCCUUUCCUUUCAUUUUUUUCUUUUUGCGUUCUGUUCCUCUUUCCCUCGUCCCAAAAUUUUCUUCUUUUGUGGUGGUAUCCCGGUCCGUUUGUACUCGUAGGUUCGUGCUUUAGACGGGGGGUAUGGUAUGGUAACUAACUUAUUUUUGGGCAUUUUCCAUUUUCUUUUUUCAUGUUCGCCAUAUUAUGAUGGGUGGGGGUGGAUGGAUGGACACCGGUUUGUGGGAGGCAAAGGGAAAAGGAAAGGGGAAAGUAAAGGGGGAGGGAAUACGGUGCACAGGUUCUCUAUCGGCAGUAUGAUAUUCUAUUUCUUUUGCUGUUUUGCGGGGAGUAAUAUACUUAUAAUAAUACUAUUUCUUUUCAUUUUCA